AUGCAAAAAGUGAACAGCACCAAGCAAUUAUGUAAUAUACUGGACAAAAACUUGAGCAGAGGCAAAUUUGAGGUUGAUUUAUCGUCUUUUGCUCUUCUUUUUGCUGAAAUGAUCCGUUACGCAAACAAUCGCUCAAACACUGUUAGUGACCUGCAAGAUAAGUUGGCCGACUAUGGAAGAUUUGUCGGAAGUCGAUUACUGGAUGUGAUCGUUUUCCGUGAGAAAGGAUACAGGCGCGAAACGAAGUUAUUAAAUAUGUUGAUGUUUAUUAAAGGAACUAUUUGGAAAAAUUUAUUUAACAAAGAGGCUGAUAAAUUGGAACGAAGCAACGAUGAUCCUUGCCAAUAUUUGUUAAUCGAAAGAGAACCGAUUGUAAAUACCUAUAUAUCUGUACCAAAAGACAAAGGAAAUUUAAAUUGCGCAUCGUUUAUUGCAGGGAUUAUUGAAGCCAUGCUAGAAGCUAGUAAUUUUCCUUGCAAAGUAAGCGCUCAUUGGCACAAUGGAACAACAUAUGUUUUACAAUUUGAAAAUCAAAUAGUGAAAUAUUCGAGAUCUUCUUCAAACAAACAAUUAUCUGUUAGAAGUUCGAUAUUGAAACCAAUUGAACUGGUACCUGAAAGAAUUCAUCGGCACUUAUUCGGUGAAACAUCAGUGAAUUCAUCAAACCUUAAUGAUAUUUAUGAAGAUUUGGAAUUACCUGAGCGAAGCGAAAUCAAUCUUGUGAAGCAUUUUGAACAAAUUGCAACAAACCAAAUAGCAGAAUAUAAAAGGCAGUUAGAUGAAGCGGCUGUUUUUCGAACCGUUCCCGAUAUGCCAAAACUGUGGUCAUUUCAGAGUGGUUGGAUUAAAUAUUUGCCAGACAGUGGUGAACCGAUCAAGAUCGAAUGUCCCGAUGAUGGGCCGUUAUUUUUCGAUGUUGAAGUUUGUUUACGUGAUGGUCAAUUACCAACGAUGGCCGUUGCUCUUUCCAAAAAUGCUUGGUAUUCCUGGUGCAGUAACCGCUUGAUAAAUGACUCGAAAAUUCCCAUUUUAAACCGAUUCUCUCAUUUGAUUCCUUUGGAGUCGAGGGACAAUAAAAAACCGAAAAUUGUUAUCGGGCAUAAUGUUGCUUAUGACAGAUCGAGAGUACGGGAACAGUAUUAUCGUAAUUCUGCAAAUACUCGAUUUUGGGAUACUAUGUCAAUGUCAAUACCUAUAUAUGGAAUGGCUGACCAUCAGGUUUCACUUUAUGAGAAAAAUGAUUUAGAAAGUGGUGAAAAACUGCACAGCGCAUGGGUCGACGAUUGGAAGGCAAGGGUCUGUAAAAAUUCUCUAAAUGCGAUACAUGACAAGCUUUGCAAUGGAAAAGACUCAUCUUUGAACAAAUCGCUGCAAAUGUUUUUCCUCAGAGAACCAAUUGAAGAAAUCCGCAGAAAUUUUCAAGAUCUAAUGAAAUAUUGUGCGCGAGAUGUUUUUGCAACUUUUCAAAUCUAUCAAGUUCUUUAUCCAGAAUUUGUGAAGAGAUUUCCUCAUCCAGCUACGUGGCAAGGAAUGUUAGAAAUUGCAAGUGUAUACUUGCCAGUCACUUCAAAUUGGCGGAAAUUUUAUGAAAUUUGUGAAAAACGCACUACUGAUGAAAAUAAGAAUGCUGUGCAAGGUGUUAUUAAUAUUAUGAAUGCACUUGUCGAUGAUUUUGGCAAAAAUAAUCGGUUGCUUAUUUCUGCAAUUCGCUUUUUAUUCUUUAAUGCUUCAUAUAAAGAUGAUCCUUGGCUUUGGCAAGAAAAUUGGGAUUUGCAUAAAGAUACAAUUCCAGUUUGGUGCAAAAACAUGCUAUUGAAAACAGACAUUCCCAAAUUAACAGCUGAAACUAUUUCAUCAUCAGAUGUGAAAUUGAAAAGUCGAUCGAUUCCUCGUAUCUUUGGACUUUGUUGGGGUCCAUAUCCUCUUCAUUUCAAAAUAGAUCUUGGUUGGGGUUUCCUUGUGCCAAAAGCCUAUAAUGGAGGCAAACUCGAUGCUCUUACGAGGGUUUCAUUAAGACGAGUUUUACAUUUUAGGGCGAUCCUGGAUCUCAUUAAUGCAAAUAUAUCUCAAGGCAUUGGUGAUGUUAUCCUUAACAAACCUGCUUCAUCCGUUGGUGUUUUUGAUUUCUAUCGACUACCACAUCCAACAGGUGGUGAUACUAAUGUUGGUGAUCCAUUGAGCAAGGGAUUUUACAGAAAUAUCGAAGAAGGAAUAUUAUAUCCAACUCGAUUUAAAGAUGAAUUCCAUGCCUUGCUUAAUGCUAAAAAAAUGACUCGCUUUUGGGGAAAUUACAGGUUGCAGUUUCUUAAGGCGAGAUUUGAAGAACAAGUAACAAUUUGGUAUGAUGAAGGCGGUACUGAGGGAGCUAUUGCGCCAUCUAUAAUACCAGCUGGUACAAUUACGCGGCGAGCUGUUCAUAAACUUUGGCUAACCGCUAUUAAUGCCAAAGAUGAUACAACAGUAAUUGGUGCUGACUUGAAGUCGGUGGUUGAAUGUCCUGAGGGAUGGUACAUGGUUGGUGCAGAUGUUGAUUCACAGGAGCAAUGGAUUGCUGCAUUAUUUGGUGAUACUGCAGUCGGUGAGCACACUGCAGGUUGCACUCCUUUCAGUAAUAUGCUAUUAGCUGGGAGCAAAGCUGAUAAGAGUGAUCUACACAGUGUUGUAGCUAAAGAAGUUGGAAUAAGCAGAGAUAAAGCAAAGAUAUUAAAUUAUGCUCGUCUAUACGGAUCAAGUAUAAAUCAUGCUGUGGAUUUUUUAAAACAAUCUGGUAUAGAUGAACGCCAGGCUGAAAGCAUGGCUCGGAAAUUAUUCGCAACUACAAAAGGGAGCCAGAAAUAUUAUCUUCAACUUUCUCCUUCAUUGAACGACAAUUUUCGUUGGUUCAUCGACAAUAUUUGUCCUAAUGAAUAUCGAAGUGAUUUUAUUCAGUUAAAUGGUCAGUAUUUCCUUCCUGAUUAUCGGACUGAAACUAGUUCACUCACAGUUACGUUCGAAAAAUGGAUUUUGAGCGAAAUUCAAAAAAAUAUCUCAGAAGAAUUGAAUAUACCAGUUUUCUUAAAGCAGAUGUACCUUGAUGAUGGUCGCCCACUUCAGUUGUAUUUCGGUGGAUUUGAAUCGGAGACUUUCAACUAUUUGGAGAUGGUUAUAAAAGAGGAAAAGCCACGCACUCCAAUCUUAGGUUGUCGAUUAGGAUUUGCACUGCAACCAUUAUCAAAAUCUGUCCCCGAUCAAGAACAUUUCAUAAGAAAAUAUAAACGAUCUAUUAUCAACUGGGUUGUGCAAUCGAGUGCUGUGGAUUUCUUGCAUCUCUUAUUGGUCUGUAUGAAAUGGUUGUGUGAGAAAUAUGAAAUAAAUGCAAGAUUCGCUCUCUCUAUUCAUGAUGAGAUUAGAUAUAUUGUUUCUGCGGAGGAUCGUUAUCGAUGUGCCCUUGCACUUUCAUUAAGUAAUAUGUAUGUGCGAGCAAUGAUUUCUCAAAAACUCGGCAUCAAUCAAUUACCAAUGUCAGUCGCAUUCUUCAGUCAAGUGGAUAUUGAUAAAAUAUUAAGAAAAGAAGUAAAAUUUAUCUAUAAUAUGCCUGGUGGAAAACAAGUUUUACCGGGUAAGAAAGUUUUCCAAAAAUUCAACAUGAGCGUGAACCUUUAG